AUGACAACUUCAACUAAUGCUUCCGCAAACGCCUCAGUCGUCAUGCAGUGCGCAACCUCCACAACGCCCAAAACGCCGACAACCAACACUGGCGAGCACGCUACAGAUGCCUCGGCAUCGCCGCCGCCGCCGCCACUACUGCUACCACCACCACCACCACCACCACCACCACCACCACCACCGCCGCCGCCUCCGUCAUCAUUGCCGAUGUCCUGCCGCCAAGACUACCAUCCUUCGAUUUCCAUCAUCGACAAGAAAACUGCAGACGUCCCGCCAACCAACACAUUCACCAUAACUACCGUCCCACUGCCAAUGCAGACUCAAUUCCAGCCUUCGCUCAUUGUAAUCGUACCUUCAUGUCACUCACCAUCCUGGUCAGUCACUUGCGAACCUAUCAUACCGAGGCUGGCAAAGCAGUUCAAGGAGGACUCGACGCUCUUACAUCAACCGCUUGCACGGUCCGCCUACAUCCAGUCGCAGCUUGGGUCUGUUAGUCCAAAUGCGUCCACAUAA